AACAGAAAUUUAAUUACGAGCAGGGGUUCCAUCAGCUUACGAAGGAACUAUACAGAUCCAACCAACCAUGAAUGCUCGAUCACAAACAUUUGAAUUGACUGUCGAAGGGAGGCAGAUAGAAGAGGUUGUUCUCAGUCUCUUUCACACACUCCUCUUUCAUAGAACAACUGGAAAGUUUCAGUACAAGCAGGAAGGGACAUACUCUAUUGGUACGAUAGGAAUGGUGGAACUAGACUGUGACUAUACUGACUUCAGCUAUAUCCGAUGUGACUCAGCAGAGUUGGAUGCUUAUCUGAAGAAAGAGGUCUCUGGUUUCCGAGACAUCUUAAAAUCAAACGAUGGGUUACAUAGUGGACAGAUUUCGUUAGAGUUUUACGAGAAGAAAAAGAAUCGUUGGCCGUUUCCAGAUGAGAGUAUCCCAUGGGAAGUUUGGACGUUAGUCAUCAAUGUAGUUACUCUUACAAAUGAGCAUGAGCGGCAAGCCUACCGUGAGAAGCUUGGCGAGUUACUUGGUGAGAAGGUGGUGUGCGUAGUAGAAGCUAUGAACAGACACGACUACUUACCGAAGGCUCCAAACCAACCACUGCUAGAUACAGUCUUCAAUACAUCCUUUUCUGAUGUUCAACCAUAUCUUUUCAAGAUCAGCUACCAGAACUCUGGACCAACCAAUGCUUCAGUUGGAACAGCGGUGAGAAAACUAGUCAGAGACACACUUGCUUUAUGAACAAUCGUCCACUGUUACCAGAACUGCCAGAGAAUAGAAGAGGCAUUCCCCUGGACAUGUGGAUUAUAGACAAAAGCAUGGAGCUUCAUGUGCUUGAUGAACUAGAUGUACCUAUCUUGUUUCUUACUGGAACUUUUGUGGUCAAAGUCAGCGGGAACUUGCAAUAUCUGUAGUCGGCCAGUUGAUAUAGACCACACACACCAUGUUGCCCCUGGACCUCUUGACUUCACCUUCAGCGCUUGUUCCUCAGGCAAGGCAUUGAUCUCUACUUGCCACUCUUCACGCAGGAGGUAAAAAUCUGUAAUUUGAUUUGCAGAGGGAUAUGGGGUAGGUAUAUCACUAUAAGUCGGCUAUAAGAGAUCUGUUCGGGGUUGGAGUUCAAGGAUGUUCAUGGCUUGAACCCAUUGCCGACUGGUACACUGUGUCCACUCUACCAGAUUGGAAGGAGUUCCAUUACGCACCGUGUCAAAGGUCAGAUUCCUGUCUUUUCUCAAUCAUUCAAGCAGCUUUCCAUUUGCCAUUCUGUUCUUUUUAUCCAUGAUGAAAAGACAAUAUAAUGGGAAAUGCAGGAAAUCCACUAAUGGCACAACACCUUUGUGAAAGCAUGCGUAUAAUUGAAGAA